AUGUCCAAUCCAGUUAAUACAAGUUCGAGGAAUAUGGCAGUAAAUGCUGUUUUAACUGUCACUGAAGCCGAAACCCCAGAGGAUCCUAUGGAUUUUGAGGUACCGUUUCUAGUCUUUAUUAAAAUCUCGACAAGAUUAAAAUCUGAAGAACCACCAAAAUCAUUUUCGUACGGAUCUUAA